GUCCUGGAAAAUUUCUGGACUGUCUCCAUUAGGAAGUAUGUAGUAAGUUAAUAGUUAACAAUGCCAGAGGCACUGUUGCUAAGAUCCUUCCGUCGUUGGGUACCGCCUUUCUCAUGACUAUAUAAAACGCAGUGAAAACGGGGAAGUACGUGCUAGUUCAGGUUCAGUUCAAACAGAGGUUUUGCAUUGCUGCUCUGACCAUGGCGAAGAAACGUGUGGCUCUGAUCCUCUCCGGCUGUGGCGUCUACGAUGGCAGUGAGCUGCACGAGUCCUCGGCAGCGAUGGUCCAUCUCAGCCGCGCUGGUGUCGAGGUACAACUCUAUGCCCCUAAUGUGAAGCAGAUGCAUGUUGUAAAUCACUUGACCGGCCAACCAACCGAGGAGGUGCGGAAUGUGUUGGUAGAGAGCAGCCGGAUCGCCAGAGGUAGUAUCAAGGAUCUUGGCGAGCUCAGCAUUAAUGACACAGACGCGCUGAUCAUCCCAGGUGGUUUUGGGGUUGCUAAGAACCUGAGCAGCUGGGCAGUGAAAGGGAAGGAUUGCACUGUGGAGGCUUCGGUGGAAACCGCGAUAAAGAAAUUUCAUGCUACAAAGAAACCAAUUGGCCUGUGCUGCAUCUCUCCAGUGUUGGCAGCUAAACUCAUCCCCGGAUGUGAAUUAACUGUGGGGUAUGAUACAGAAUGUGAAAAGUGGCCCUAUGCAAAAACAGCCCAGGCAAUGGUAGAGCUAGGUUGCAAGCAUGUCAACAAGCAUGUCAAUGAAACACACAUCGAUAAGCAAAAUAAAUUGGUGACGACUAGUGCCUUCAUGUGCAAUGCUCCCAUCCAUGAGAUUUUUGAUGGAAUUGGGGAAAUGGUGAAAGAAGUCUUGAAGCUUGCAUAAAUAUUUAUUAAAUUGAUGUAAUUAAAAGUGCACCUCAUGGAAUUUUCAAGGAGCAGAAAACUAUUCAAUUUACUUAAUUUACUAGAAUGUGGAUUUGCUGAUACAUCUAUUCAACAUGACUUACUUUGAGGGAGUAUUUAAAUUCUUAUACCAAUAUUUAAAAAAAAAGUUAUAAUAUAGAUUAAAAGAAUUUUAUGAAA